AUGAUGACCACAAGCUAUCCCCACAACCCUGGUAUGCAUCCGCAGGGCAUGCCCCACGGACACCCCAUGGGCGGUCCAGGGCCGACUCCAGGCCAGCCUAUGCCACCGGGUAUGCACCCAGGCGUCUCAGGCCCCAACGGCCCCGUGAGCCAGGCAGGACCCAUGAUGGGCAUGCAACCCGGAAUGGGACCCAACGCCCAUGCGCUCUCGCAUUUGCAGCCUCAACAGGCACAGAUGUUCCAACAGCAGCAUCACCCCGGCAUGAUGAACGCUGCUCUGAUGCAACAGCAGCAGGCGAGAAACCACCAAUUAAAUGCUCAGCAGCAGGCUUUCAUGCGUCAGCAGCAGGCGGCGCAACAACAGCAAAUGCUUGCCCAGCAGCAGCAACACGGCGGGAUGGGCAUGGGCUUUCAGAACCAUAUGCCAAACAUGAGCCAGCAACAACAACAGCAACUGGCAGCAAUGAGAGCAGGCCAGAUGGGACAGCAGUUUGUCAAUCUGCCUCCGCAUCUGCAACAGUUGCAGCAGCAACAGCAACAAAUGCAGAACCAGCAACAAGGUGGCCCACAGCAAGCCGCUGCAUUGGCCCAUCAGCAAGCGCAACAACAUCAACAGCAACAAGCGCAACAGCAGCAGCAACAGCAGCAACAACAACAGCAGCAGCAGCAACAGCAACAACAGCAGCAACAAGCGCAGCAGCAACAGCAACAACAACAGCAACAACAAGCGCAACAACAACAGCAACAGCAGCAGCAACAACAACAACAGCAACAGCAAGCACAGCAGCAGCAGCAACAACAACAACGUCAGCAACAACAGCAGCAGCACAUGCAACAGGCUAUUGCAAUGCAGCACGCUCAAUCCCAGUCGAGCAAUCACAGCCAGGGAGGAAACCCAGGGCCUCCGACAACAUCACAACCUCAGCAAGGCCCCCUGCGUCCACCUUCGGCAAUAGGGAGCCAUCAGGGUCAUUCGUCUCCUGCUCCUCAACCGACUCCACAAUUACAACAACAAUCACAGCAGCAGCAACAGCAGCAGCAAACAUCACAGCCAGUCCCUCAACCUCAGCAGCAGACAUCAGCGCCUAUUCAACCUCCGAAUAUGCCUCCACAGCCCAACCAACCACCUCAAAACCAGACACAGAUGCAAACGCGAAAUCCAGCCUUGUUACAGCAAGCUCAAGCACACGCUCAGGCCCAGGAAGCUCGGGCCCGGUCGUUGGCGUUGAUGAGGAGCGCCCAGUCCCAAUCGCAAACUCCUUCUGGAGGGCAAGGAACACUGAAGUUGAUGAAUUUUGUGGACCAGAUGGGAAGAUACGCUACCUCCGCCGAUUUGAACGAUGUUUCGAGGUGGCAGAGUUUCGUUGAUAAACACUUUAACGAGACUGGCUCUUUCAUACAUGUGCUCUGUUCUUCAUCGGCCGAAAAGACAAAGCAAUUCGAAAUUGUGUAUGCUGCCUUACCAAGGUACUUCUAUACGCUCUUCAACACCGACGUUAUCAAUCUUCAAAUUACCUUGGACGGAUCAUCGGAGAAGGCAUCGCCCACCGAAACAAAAGUGACUUGCGACCGUGCGAAAUUCAUCUAUACCUACAAGAAUCAUUGCCAGGUUGUCUAUAACGGAAAACUAACAGCUUUCUGGUCUGGUACAGAGAAGAUGGAUUGGCUGCAGUUUGAGGGCCAGAAUCACCAGCAAUACAUACCACGCUCUGCCUUGGAAGCCAUGUUCCAUCAGCCAUCGCCCAAUCCCCACAUUCCAAACCAGUCACCUCGCAUGGGGAAGCAGUCGGCCAAGCAAAAGCAGCAACUACAGCAACGAGCCCAAGAACCAAUGGAACCGUAUUUGCCCAUGUCCAAGUUACUUAGUGCCGGCGCGACAGACUUCGGUUUACCGCACGCGCUGCAAGGUUAUCUUGAGAUAUAUGAGACAAUGAAUAACAUGACAAGUCUCAUGUCGCACUAUCUCGAGCAUCCAAAUCUAAAGCCGUCCGAAGCCCUCGAGCACUGGAAUGGCAUGAUGUCCAACAAUCCUUCUGCGGCAAUGAAUCAAACGCCAGCAAUUAACCAACCGAACCCAGCUAUGCCACACCCAAAUAUGCAACAUCCAAAUAUGCAACAAAUACGGCCACCUGGCCCCGGUCAACCAGGCUCGCAAAACCACCAGUUCAUGUCCCCAGCUCUGCAAAACCAGCUUCUCCCCAACGGUAUAAACGGCUCACCACACUACAGCCACACGCCGUCACCCGCAUCACACGCCAUGGUCAAGCAGCAAAGCACAAGUUCGCACACGGCGAGUGUCAACACAUCACCCAACAUGGCUACGAAGCGGCGGCGCAGUACAGCAAAAAUGGACAUGGACGAUGGCAGCGGAGACAUGAACGGUACCAUCAAGGUGAAGCAGAGCCCAAGGGUGGUAGGGAACAAGAGGAUGAAGGGCAAUAACUAG